UAUCGCAAGGCGCCCACGUAACCUGAUUCAGCUUCUGAUCUUCCGAAGCGUAGCCAUGGAACCAAGUCAGUUCUACCCCGAAGCCGGGGAUAGUCAAUUUUACCCAGGUACCGACACAGACCUUUCCGAUGAAGGUGCCGAUGGCGGUAGUGCUGAUAGAUCUGAAGAACAAAGGCGAGCGGGCGGCGUCUACAAGCCACCCGCUAACCAAGGCUCCACACAAACUUCUGGGAUGAUGCCCCCUGUAGUGGUGCCUUUGCGCAGCACAUUUGUGCCUAAAACAGCUGUUGCGGCAGCACCGAAGCCAGUGGUUGCGACACCACGGGCACCAGGGGUGGUGACAACACCGAAGCCAGUGCUUGCGACAACACAGAAUCCAGCAGCUACGGCACCACGAACACGAGUGGUUGCGUCAACACCGAAGCCAGCAGCUGCGGCACCACCGACACCAGUGGUCGCGACAACACCGAAGCCAGCAGCUGCAGCACCACGGACACGAGUGGUCGCGACAACACCGAAGACUGCAGCUGCGGCACCACCGACACUAGCGGUUGCGACAACACCGAAGGCAGUGCUUGCGACAACACCGAAGCCAGUGCUUGCGACAACACCGAAACCAGUGCUUGCGACAACAAGGAAGCCAGUGCUUGCGACAACAAGUAAGCCAGUGCUUGGGACAACACCGAAGCCAGUACUUGCGACAACACCGAAGCCAGCAGCUGCGGCACCACCGACACCAGUAGUUGUGAUACCACCCACCCCAGCUAGGAAACCACCGACACCAAUGAGGGCGCCAUCGACAACCACUGUAAUCCCUAAACCACCCACUGCCGGCGAAACAACGAGACCAGGCCCGACAACUCAGGCACCGCUGCCGAAGGGAUCGCUGCUGUGCACACUAGGGGCUGGUUUCAAGAAGUCGAAGUACACGUUUCCCCCCGAUGGACUCUGCACCAUAAUCACGUUCGACUCGGUGUACAAGGGCGAUGACACAUUGGCCCCACCCUACAAGGAAGACUUCCAGUACUUCCUAGAUACGUCUAAGCAGGCCAAGAAAUCUGAAUUUGGAAUCGGCAUCGAGCAGGCAACAUGCACCAACCCAGCCGCCAUGACAAAACUUACCAGCAACGUUUCCACGAAGAUGCAUUUAGAUGAGCUGUGGGACCGCUACCGGAUAUACCACUAUAGUCAAGUGAGCGGAAGUAUCGGUUCCAGAAGAUUAGUUCCUUCCAUUUCUGCGAGGUUAGCAGCGAUGGGAUUGCAGAUGAUCACCAAGAUAAUGAAUGAUAAAAGACACUAUAAACUACGGCCGAGCUAUACCAUUCUCCACAAUUGGCUGUUUGAACCACUAAACGCUCGGUUCAUUGCAGGGGCAUUGUGGGAUGUGCCGGUGGAUAUUUUUGUUGUGAAUGUGCACCAUGACGAACCCGAUAUCAACUUCGUUAACUGCCGCAUGGUGCCACCAACCAUACUAACCGCGGACAUCUUGGACAAUAUUCCAAGGGAUUGGUUUUACGGCAUCCGCAUGGGCACCAGCAUAAGUCAUCUUGCAGCCAACCAGCACUACUGGCCUUCGAACAUGAUGUAUGCUAUGUCCCUGGGCAUGGCUGGUCGGUGGUACGCACCGUGUGAUAGAGGCCCCUGGACGAGUAGGGGGCCCGCUGGCUUUAAGCUCGGCAAAAAAUGCGGGGGCGCGUGCAAGCAAGAGAAGCUCCUGCCAGAGGACCAUAUCACCGAGAUUGCCCGGGCCUGCUCGCGUCCUGCCUUCAACAAUUCGUUCUACGAAGACAGGAUGUUCAAUGCCCUCCUUACGUACGACGCCACAGCAGAAUUGGUGUUCACCUAUGACAGCCCUCGCAACCUUCGUACCAAGCUCUGCAAAGCCAAGGAGAAUGCGACAAGCGUGCAAUACACCUUUGUCGCUGCGGACAUCCAGCUGGAGGACGCCUAUGGUAGCUGCGGCUACGGGCCAAUCCCUGGGCUCUAAAUUCUCAAGAAGGUGGCGGCGUUCUUUGCUUAUAAUUACACGCCUACCGGUAAGGAGACACAGUCCAGGGCGGUCACAUAUUAAUAUACGCUCAAUUGUUGCUACCAGCUCAUGCUCAUAAAAAAAAAUAUCGUGCGUAAAUAAAUAAAG